AUGUCCGCAUACGAUAGACAUAUCACAAUUUUCUCGGACCAAGGUCGUCUGUAUCAAGUCGAAUAUGCCUUCAAGGCCAUCACCUCGUCAAACAUCACUUCUCUUGGAAUCAGAGGAAAGAACUGCGCUGUGGUCAUCUCUCAGAAGAAAGUUCCCGAUAAAUUGAUCGACCCCGAAUCCGUUACACACAUCUUCAAGAUCUCGCCUUCCGUCGGUUGUGUUAUGACCGGUUCCAUCGCCGAUGCCCGAGCCUCUGUCGACCGUGCCCGUGGAGAGGCUGCUGAGUUCCGAUACAAGUUUGGUUAUGAGAUGCCUUGUGAUGUUCUGGCAAAGCGUUUGGCCAACAUUAACCAGGUCUACACACAGAGGGCGUACAUGCGACCUUUAGGUGUUGCCACGACCCUGAUCUCCUUGGACAUCGAGAAAGGAUCCCAACUAUACAAGUGCGACCCGGCCGGAUACUAUGUCGGAUACAAGGCGACUGCGUCCGGACCUAAGCAACAGGAGGCAUUCAACCACUUGGAGAAGAAGCUGAAGAACAAGGAUCACGCCGACGGUAACUGGGAGGAAGUGGUUGAGCUGGCCAUCACAGCCCUCAGCAAUGUAUUGAGUGUGGACUUCAAGAAGCAUGAAUUGGAGGUGGGCAUUGUGGGCGGUCCACGAAAGGACGGCAAGGAAGGGAUAGAUCCUAGUUUCCGGGCUUUGACGGAGGACGAGAUUGACGAGCGGUUGCAGGCCAUCGCCGAAAAGGAUUGA